ACAGUACACACAUUUUAACGAAUGGUAUGAAAGCAAUCAAAUGUGUAAUAUGUUGUAUAUCUUGAAUUUAUUAAAGGCAUUGCUGAAAUAAUAAAAGUUACUUAGACAAACAAAAUUUUGUCAAAAUAGUGGUUCCGAAGUCUAUGGAAUGAUUUUACAGUUGACUUUUUCCCUCUAGGCCCUAGAGCCUCGGGCUACCUAAAUAGACCAGAAUGCAUACCUAUUGGACUCGUUAAGAGUUGAAUUAACGUCAUUAAGUGGUGAUGUGCAACUUUAUCCUGUUAAACGUUGUUCUAGAAUCACCGGUUAAGCUCGCGAGGGAUUUUUUAAGAAGCAAACGGCACUUUUUUAAACGUCAACAAAGUACCGGAUUCAAAGCAGGUGGUGGCAGCAAGUUUUUGAGCGCAAGAGCAUGAUGUUUGCAUUCCGGGAGGUCCUGACCAAGCGUUUCCUGAGGGCGAUUGCUGGAGAGUUUGUGGCAACUCUAAUCUUCGUGCUGCUCGGUCUGAGUUCGACGAAGUGGGCAAAGCCAGAAGAGGAGCCUCAGUCGUCCACCCUGCUCCUGAUCUCGCUCUGCUUCGGCCUGAGCGUCACCACCAUGGUCUACUGCUUCAGCCACAUCAGCGGAGCUCACAUCAACCCCGCGGUGACCGUGGCCAUGGUCUUCUCCCGCAAAAUGAACGUGGACAAAGCCUUCUUCUACAUGGCUGCUCAGUGCCUCGGAGCCACCGCGGGCACCGCCAUCUUGUACGUGGUGACGCCCAAAGCUGCGGGAGGGCCCUUUGGAGCUACUGAGCUCAGCACCAGCAUAUCACUGCUGCAGGGCAUUGCAGUGGAGCUGCUGAUCACGUUCCAGCUGGUCUUUACCGUGUUCGCCACCUGUGACCCCCGGCACAGCGAGCUCCAGGGCUGUGCCGCUCUGGCCAUUGGCUUUGCAGUGGCCAUCGGGCACCUGUUUGCAGUGCCUUACACUGGAGCCAGUAUGAACCCAGCUCGCUCUCUUGGGCCUGCGAUUAUGGCCUGGAACUGGGAAUACCACUGGGUGUACUGGGUGGGUCCCAUCACAGGCGCACUCAUCGCCGCCAUCAUGUACAAGUACCUGUGCCACCCCCACCUGGAGUUCAAGGAGUGUGUCCUGGGAGAGUUCUCCAAGGACGCCGCGGAGAAGCGGGAGGAGACGGAGUCUUUCCACAUCCCCGACCUGGACAGUAGCCCGAGGGUCGGAUGGCUGGAGUCUCUGAGGGCCUUCCACAUGGACAAGGCAGAGAUCGCCGAAGCCAAGCCCUUCAGCACUAUCGACGAGAAGACCGAGCCCGCCGAGCCCGUGCGCGUCUGUCCCCCUGACACAGAGAAGGCGGAAAAAAAGACUGACCCGACCGACUACCCUCAGUAUGACAUGAAAUUAAAAUUCUGAACUAAUGUCAAU